GUGACGUAGAACGCGCUCCCACGCGCUUGACGCCGCGCGCAGAGUAAGGGCAAAAGGGCUGGCUUUGGCUUUUCCCCUGUUUUUGUCGUCUCCGGAGAUGACACCAGUCAUUCGUCAAGAAGUCCUUGGCCUUUACCGCAAGAUAUUCCGAAUAGCCAAAACAUGGGAGUCAGCAUGUGGACAGAUGGAAGAGACUGUGAAAGAAAAACAGUAUAUUAUCAGUGAAGCUAAAACAUUGUUCCAGAAGAAUAAAAAUCUAACAGAUCCUGAGCUGAUUAAACAAUGCAUAGAAGAGUGCAAGGCAAGAAUAGAACUAGGACUUCACUAUCACAACCCAUAUCCAAGGCCUAUUCAUUUGCCACCCAUGGGUCUCGCACUGCAACAAAGCCGUGUCUUUCGACAUCAGGAGAAGCUGAGGAAGAUCUCUAAACCGGUUUACUUAAAAUCUCAUGACGAAAUUUCAUAGCCCCAGAUCAAGCUGUGGUUGAUAUUAUCCAAGAUUACCUGGCAGAUGCAUUUCACAUGAUUACAGGUGAAAAUGAAAUUGGUAGGGUUACCACUGGGUGACCCUUUUUCAAGGCUGGGAACCAUCUUGGUCCCAAGGAGAGAUGAUAAGGAUAAGCUAAAACUGCCUGUGUGAAAGGAAGCAGCAUUGUGGGGAAGUAAAAAGAAAAAAAAGAUAGAAAAAUCAAGGUCUGACCAGUCUUAUGUUGUACUUGGGCACAUAUCCUCACAUACUGACAUUCCUACAGUCUAAUACUCCAGGCAUCCUUGGCCAUAUUGGGUGGUUCUGAUGGGUGCUGGAACCCAAAGCAGCUGAAGGGCCACAGAAUUCCCCAGUCCCAGUCAACAGACGACUCUCUCUUUUCAUUUCCCAUCUGUUCAGCGCUUAAGGCGCAGGUGCUCACACUGGAAGAGGCAAGGUUGCCCAGAGUCUCUGAAAAUCCUGGUGUGGCCCAAGGAAUCCCAAAGUCGGUACCAGAUUAUAGCAUGUAAAGCAACCAAAGGGAAAACUGGGUCAACAGGCAAGCGGAGAGGAAUUUUGCUGAAAACUUCCAUGGUAAUACAGUCAGCUAUACUGAAUUUUAACCCCAUUCAGAGGUAAACAAGGGGACAUUUGGUUUUGGCCUUGACCACACUAGCUAUUGAUGGGGACUGUCCCCUGGUACAUCUUCAAAAGGGCAAGUGCCACCAUCAGCCCAGAAAGAGUCUGACACCCCUGGCUUAAGAUAUACAUUAUCCUUCAGUGACCCUGGACCCAUCUUUGACUUCUGUGCCUGACCAUACAAAAAAUGUCCAAGUCCCCAGCUGUGUCUAGAGAACGUAAACAAACCGGGCAAUAUUCCAGAUUGACAAAUUUGAUUCAGAACGCCCACAAACAUCCAUGUAGCUCCUGUUGGGAACAUCUUAAACCAAAUGCACCUUUUUUCUCUCAGCAUGCAUGGUGGUAGCAGAGGAGCAGCCGUUCAAUCCUAGGAAAAGGUGUGGCUGCCUUGAGUUGUUCCUGGCAGGUAUCUGACCCAUCUUUUGCCCUUCAAAUCCGGAUCUCUACCCAGAGCUACGUUAUUGCAAGGCUUGACUUCUCUAUCACCAGCUCUCUAAUUCACUGUUUCUCAAGC